AAAUGCCCCUCUCCAAACUUAACAACCAUUCUUCCAAUAUCCCCGAAAUAGUUUUUUUAAGAUCUUGAAACUCUAAGCUUUCCAAAUCUGCAAUAAGAUUACUACUUUUCCAAAAACCUCAGACUUGAAAGUGUCGUCAGACGUGCAACAAGACUUUUGGGAAGUUCGAGUGUAAGCUAAGAUUGGUGGUGGGCUACAAUCUCGCAGGUUUCGCACUUCUUCGACAUCAUAUCUACGAAAUUUACGGCGGCUUCUGGAUAUUCCAUAUACAUGAAGGAUAAUUUGAAGGGUUAUAUUAUCCCUAUUUAAUGCAAUAAGAAAAAUACUAGGAUUCCUACUCACACCUCUCACCUACGAUUCGCCCCUCAUUAUCAUCCUACGAUCAUCACAAAUUAUAACCACACGCCAUUCACACAUAAAGCACAACAUGCCUUUCGCACAACUCGUCCUCGGCUCUCCUGGUGCUGGGAAAUCUACCUACUGCAAUGGUAUGCAACAGUUCAUGUCUGCCAUCGGAAGAAAAUGUUCUAUUGUGAAUCUCGACCCUGCGAAUGACCAUACGAGCUAUCCUUGCGCCAUCGACGUGCGCAAUUUGAUAAAGCUGGAAGAGAUUAUGGAAGAAGAUUCAUUAGGGCCCAAUGGUGGUGUGCUCUAUGCCCUUGAGGAAUUAGAGCAGAAUAUCGAGUGGUUGGAAGAAGGGUUGUCGGAGCUAGGCGAGGAUUAUGUACUUUUUGAUUGUCCAGGCCAGGUCGAACUUUACACACAUCAUUCGUCUUUACGGAAUAUAUUUUUUAGGUUACAGAAAUUAGGAUAUAGAGUAUGUUAUUCAGUUUGCAAUUGGAUAUCUACUUCAGGGAAUCAAUAUGCUGACAUUUGUGCAGCUCGUAGUUCUUCAUCUUUCCGAUUCCUAUUGCUUGACUUUGCCUUCAUUAUACAUCUCGAAUCUUAUCCUCUCACUGCGAGCAAUGCUACAGAUGGAUUUGCCACAUCUGAAUGUCUUGACAAAAAUGGACAAGCUGGCUUCGUAUCCACCACUUCCUUUCAACUUAGACUUUUAUACCGAAGUCCAAGAUCUGUCAUAUUUACUCCCUAGUCUUCAAGAAGAAUCAUCUGUAAUGCAAGGCUCAAAGUUUGAAGGUCUGAAUAAAGCUAUCAUUCAGCUUGUUGAGGAUUUUGGGUUGGUGGGAUUCGAGACUUUGGCGGUGGAGGAUAAAAGGAGUAUGAUGCAUCUACUCCAGGUCAUAGAUCGUGCCGGAGGAUAUGCUUUUGGUGGCGCGGAGGGGGCGAAUGAUACCGUCUGGCAGGUCGCUAUGAGAGAAGGUACCACAACGAUGGAUAUAAAAGACGUUCAGGAGCGAUGGAUCGAUCGCAAAGAAGAGUACGACGAGGCAUAUCGUGAGAUGGACAGGAAGCAGUUUGAGGAACAAUCCAAGAUCCAAGAAGAGGAUGAGAAUUCAAGAGCCGCAGAAGAUGAUGACGAUCUCGAGGAGAUGGCUCGGGCACCAUUCGAUUCGGGAAUAAAAGUUGUUAGAACAAAUCAAUGAUACCGUCAUCCAUUUCCAUCACUUAAUUCUUCAUCUUCAUCACUAUCCACUGCAUCCACCA